AUGGCAGACCCAAAGGACCAGGAAGAGCAUGAAACCACUGCAGAUAAUGCAGAGGAUUCUAAUCACGACCCCCACUUUGAGCCCAUCGUGUCCCUUCCUGAACAGGAUGUUAAGACGUUAGAAGAGGAUGAGGAGGAACUCUUUAAAAUGCGGGCUAAACUAUAUCGUUUUGCCUCUGAGAAUGAUCCACCAGAGUGGAAGGAGAGAGGAACUGGUGACGUCAAACUGCUGAAACACAAAGAGAAAGGCACAAUCCGCCUCUUAAUGAGGAGAGACCGGACGUUGAAGAUUUGUGCCAACCAUCACAUUAUGCCGAUGAUGGAGUUGAAGCCCAAUGCCGGCAGUGAUAGAGCGUGGGUGUGGAACACACUAGCAGAUUAUGCUGAUGAAUGCCCCAAACCAGAACUGUUGGCAAUACGCUUUUUAAAUGCAGAAAAUGCUCAGAAGUUUAAGGUGAAGUUUGACGAAUGCAAGGAGGAGGUCCGAAAAAGUCAGGAAACAGGAGACACUGAUAGUACAAACAAGGUGGCUGAGAAGCUGGAGGAACUCUCCGUUAAAGACAAGGCAUCGGAGCAAAAGAAGGACGAGGGGAAGAAAGAGCCAGAGAAGAAAGAUGAAAAAAAGGAGGUGAAAGCCGAGGAGAAGAAUUGA